AUGACGGAUGCCGACACAAAACACGAUCGAAAUGGCAGCACCAACGACGCGAAAGCGGCCAAGCAGCAAUCGCAGAAUGCAGCAUCCACGGACACACCCAAGUCGCAAGAGAGAGCCAAGAGCUCGACCACGGUCGACAGCCCGUCCAGUCCACCGAGAAAGAAGCGUAGAAAGGUCAAUCAUGCCUGUGUCUAUUGCCGUCGUUCGCACAUGACAUGCGACCUCGAACGACCAUGCGCCAGAUGCGUCAAACGCGACAUUGCCCACCUGUGUCACGACGAACCGCGGGAACCUACCAAGAGCAAGAAGCCAGACACGGACACUCCUCCUGCCACUGAGAACUCGGUCGUGGAAGAUGAUCGUAGAAGCAGUGUACGAACAGAAGGGCCAACUCCCUCUCUCAUCCAACCCAAACCAAUGUCGCCAGCACAACUAAAGAGAUCACAAUCCACCUCGACCACACAACAACAGCAACAGCCACGGCCCUUCUCCACGAACGACUGGAACAUUGGCUCUACUCAGAAUCAACUACACGACAUGCGAAACCUGCACCCAAACUACACCUUCAACACUUCCGAAGUAACAGACGAGUAUAACUUCCUCGGCGACUUCCUGAAUAACUCCCUCCUCGACGACACUGGUAAUUACAACGACACAGACCCCUCCAACACCGCCCUCUUCAACGACCCUCUUCUCGCAACAGGCUCCCUCUCUACCUACGCAAACAACAUGAACCUCUUCUCUGGAAUACAGCAAGGAGCGAAUCAGCAAUCUUCCUCAUCUCUACAACCUCCCCAACAACAGCAACAACAACAACCACAACCUCAAAUCUCCGCCGCCAACGAAAUCUCCAGACCCUCCAGUACAAUGCCAGUCGACUCCAAAGCACGCGAUAAAUUCUACAUGACCGCCGCCGAUCCGGCCGGCAACGACACACCCGAAGCCCGCAUGUUGAAACUGCUGCAAGCUAAAUACGACGCAGGCAUGUUACGUCCAUUCAACUACGUACGCGGCUAUUCUCGCCUAAACACGUACAUGGAAAGUCACAUGCGGCCAGUGCUGCGUCAGAAAAUACUCAAGCAACUGGAAAAAUUCAGACCCAUGUUCAGAGAGAAAAUGAUGGGGUUGACGGAUGUGCAGUUGAUCAAAGUGGAAAUGUGGUUUGAAAGCACGUUGAUGGAAUAUGACCGCGUGUUUGCCUCCAUGGCCGUACCCGCAUGUUGUUGGCGAAGAACCGGUGAAAUAUUCCGUGGGAACAAGGAAAUGGCCGAAUUGAUCCAUGUCAAUAUGGAAGAAUUGCGUGAUGGCAAACUAGCACUCCACGAAAUCAUGGCCGAAGAUUCCCUCGUCAGCUAUUGGGAAAAAUUCGGCGCCAUCGCCUUUGAUCAAUCGCAAAAAGCCAUCCUCACUUCUUGCACGCUCAAGAAUCCCGAUCCCGAAAGCAAAGACAAAGGCUUGAAAUGUUGUUUUUCUUUUACCAUCAGGAGGGAUACGCAUAAUAUUCCUAGUGUUAUCGUGGGGAAUUUCUUGCCUAUACGAUAA